AUGGCUGAAUCUUUCUUUUCUGACUUUGGCCUGCUGUGGUACCUGGCAGAGCUCAGAAAGGAAGAAUUUUGGAAAUUCAAGGAGCUCCUCAAGCAAGAACCUCUGAAAUUUGAACUCAAGCCAAUCCCCUGGCCUGACAUAAAGAAGGCUUCCAAAGAAGAUCUAGCAAAGCUGUUGGAAAAGCAUUACCCAGGAAAGCAGGCAUGGGAGUUGACACUGAGCCUGUUUCUACAGAUCAACCGGAAAGACCUCUGGACAAAGGCUCAGGAAGAGAUGAGAAAUAAACUAAGCCCAUACAGAAAGCAUAUGAAGGAAAAAUUCCAUCUCAUAUGGGAAAAGGAAACCUGUCUUCAAGUCCCUGAGGAUUUCUAUAAACAAACCAGGAGGAACGAAUAUGUGGAUAUGUAUUCUGCCCAGAAGACUGGACCAUCCACUAUAGUUUUGCGAGGUCCUCAAGGAAUAGGAAAAACGACCCUUUUAAGAAAAGUGAUGUUGGAAUGGGCAGAAGGAAAAUUCUGGAAGGACAGAUUCACAUUUGUUUUCUUUCUCAAUGUCCACGAAAUGAACUGUAUUGCAGAGACAAGCUUAGUGGAGCUCCUCUCCAGGGACUGGCCUGAGUCUUCAGAGACAAUCGAAGAUGUUUUUUCCCAGCCAGAGAGAGUCCUGUUCAUCAUGGAUGGCUUUGAGGAACUGAAGUUUGACCUGGAACUGAAGACUGACUUGUGCGAUGACUGGAGGCAGCGGCAGCCAACGCAGAUUAUCCUGAGCAGUUUGUUGCAGAAAAAAUUGCUUCCGGCCUCCUCUCUGCUUCUUGCAUUUGGAACAGUGGCUAUGCAGAGAAACUAUUUCUUGUUGCAUCAUCCAACACUCAUAACUGUCUCAGAAUUCUCUGAGCAUGAAAGGAAACUGUAUUUCCACCACUUCUUCUGCGACAAGAAUAGAGCCUCCAAAGCCUUAAGGUUUUUGAGAGGUAUUAAACGACCGUUUACCUCGUACCAAAAUCCCCUCCUGUGCUGGUUGGUCUGUACUUGUAUGAAAAGGCAGCUAGAGAGGGGAGAAGACCUUGCAAUUGACUCUCAAACCACUACCUCUUUGUAUGUGUCCUUCAUAACAAGUAUAUUCAAAGCAGGAAGUGGGGACAGCCCCCGUAAGCUGAGCAGAGUCGGGCUAAAAAGCCUGUGUGCUUUGGCUGCAGAGGGGAUAUGGACUCACACGUUUGUGUUUUGCCCUGAGGACCUCAGGAGGAAUGGGGUGUCUGAAUCUGAUGUCCCAAUGUGGGUGGACAUGACACUUCUCAGAAGGAACGGUGACUGCUUCACCUUCAAGCACGUGUCCAUCCAAGAGUUUUGUGCUGCUAUGUUUUAUUUGUUCCAACUUCCCAGAGACAAUCCUAACCCGGCCAUUGGAAGCGUAACCCAGCUUAUAACAGCAAGUGUCGCUCGAGGUCAAGUCCACUUGACCCAGCUGGGGGUAUUCGUGUUUGGAAUUUCAACAGAAAAAAUUAUCCGCAUGCUGGAGACAUCCUUUGGUUUUCCACUGUCAAAAGACAUAAAGCAGGAAAUAACCCAGUGCCUUAAAUAUUUAAGUCAGUGUGAUCCCGAUCAGGAACUGGGUUUUCAGGAAUUGUUCAAUGGUUUAUUUGAAACCCAUGAAAAAGAUUUUGUAACAGAAGUGAUGAAUUUCUUUGAAGACGUCAUAGUUUAUAUCGGUAAUAUGAAACACUUGGUAGUAGCUUCAUUCUGCAUAAAGCGUUGUCAAAAUUUGAAGAAAUUCCGCCUGUGUAUGGAGAAUAUCUUUCCAGACGAAUCCAGAUUCAUCUCAAAUGACGUUAAGAAGCUCACCUAUUGGCAUAAUCUUUGCUCAGUGAUGAGAACCAGCAAGGACUUGCGGAUAUUAGACAUAGAAAACUCUAGCCUCGACAGUAGCUCCCAGGCGAUUCUUUGUGAAGCACUGGCUCAGCCCACUUGCAAACUCCAGAAAUUGGGGUUUUCUUAUAUAUCUAACUUUGGAAAUACUUCAGACUUCUUUAAUGCAAUUCAUACCCCUCAUCUGAAAUACCUGAACCUGUAUGGCACCAGGCUGUCCUACACUGAUGUCGGGCACCUGUGUGAGAUGUUGAGGGACCCAAUGUGCAAUGUGGAAGAGUUGAUACUGGGGAAGUGCAACAUCACAAGUGACGCUUGUGAAGAUAUUUCCCGCAUCCUCAUCUGCAACAGCAAGCUGAAACGCCUCUCCUUGGUAGAAAACCCCGUGAAGAACAAAGGCAUCAUGGCGCUGUGUAAAGCCCUGAGAUACCCAAACUGUGUCCUGGAGACGCUGAUGUUAAAGAAGUGCUGUCUCACCCAUGUCUCCUGUGACUACAUCUCCCAAGCCCUUUUAUGCAACAGAUCCCUGUCCUUCCUCGAUCUGGCGUCCAAUCUUGUGAAAGAUGAUGGAGUAGCAUCUCUGUGUGAAGCACUGAAGCACCCGAACUGCAACAUACAGCACUUGUGGUUGAUGGCUUGUGACCUGACUUCUGUCUCCUGUAAGGACAUCUCCGCUGUUCUCAGUUGCAAUGAAAGGCUAAAGACCCUGAAACUUGCAAACAAUAACAUCCGAGAUGCUGGUGUCAAACAGCUAUGUGAGGCUCUGAAGCAUUCGAGCUGUAAAUUACAGUGUCUUGGGCUGCAGACGUGUCAGCUCACCUCUGCCUGUUGUGAAGCCCUCGCCUCAGCCCUGACCAUCUGCAAAACACUGAGGACCCUGAACCUCGACUCCGUUACCUUGGACCAUGAUGGGGUGGUGAUGCUGUGUGAGUCCCUGAGCCACCCACACUGCGCCCUUCAGAUGCUUGGGCUGGACAAGUCUGUGUUUGGUGCGGAAACUCAGAUGCUGCUGACAGCCCUGGAGGAAAACGUUCCGCACCUGACCAUUUCCCAUCCACUGUGGGUGGAUGAGGAGUACAAGGCCAGGGGUGUGUUAUUCUGA